UGUUCUACCACCCUAAUACCAAUGAAGUCGACUGUUUUUGUUCGGAUCACCAUUUUUGAGGGCACUGUUUCAGAUUCAAGGUCAACAUGACGCAAGAUGGCUUCUUUCCUUUUAAAACCGACCUUCUUUUCCGUUCAUCACAGCUUCCACCUUUCCUCGUGUUCUCUAUGAACAGACUCAGGAAUUAUCCAAAGAGCGCCAGAGUCAAGACCCGAAUCAUGCCUCAUAUCCCAAACAAAUCACCAGACACACGUUGCGCCCUUGUCUCUGUGGAAU